AUGGUGCCAGAACUAUCGUCGAUUGUCCCGGUUUAUUGUCGAUAUGUGCAUACGGACCGAUGGCUCCUCACACACCUCGAUUCAUCCUGGACGAUCUCGCAAGUCAAGCAGCACUUGUUGACCAAGUUCUUACCUACAGUCGUACCUUCCCCGCGGAAACCAACUCGAGCGAAGCGUGAACGCCCCCUUUCACCUAUCACAUUCUCGUCACAUGGGCACAGCGACAACGAGGGUGACAGUGACUAUCAGUCCGCGGAGGAGAAUGGGUCCGUUCUCGACGAGGCAGACGACAUCGUAGACGGAGACUACUAUCGAUAUAAAUAUGCACCCGCGUCCCGUCCAGCCGGCACCUCGUCGACCACGCUCGUCGUCCCACCAGAGAUUUCUCUACCCUCUCCAGCGCAGUUCGCCCUCAUCGCGUUCUCCACCGGACAGCUGUUCGAGGAUCGCUUCCACCUGUCCUGGUACGCUCUUCAGCCAUACGAGUUGCUUGAGUUUUAUCCACGUGGCGAGGUCUUCAUUGCCUUGCCCCGCCAUAAUCUAGAGGCAUACGUUCGUCCUUACUUCGAGGCGCGAGUAUGGGCACUGCGGUUUGUUGGUGAUGAUCUGUCAGCCGAGCACCACACAGAGCUGGAGCGGCCAAAGAGCAAAGGCAAGGCCAAAGGCAAAGAGCGCGAGCGGCGAACUGGGAGCGGCAGCGGACCGAACACUGGAGAUGGCGGCGAGGAGACGUGGGGAGGAGACGCGGAUGAAACGAGGCGCAAGCUGGAAAGGAGGCGGAGGAAAAAGAUGGAGUGGUGCGAGAGGUGGGUGAUCGUGCACCAAGGCUUGUUCAAGCUCUGUAAGAACCGCAACGACACGCGUCCUGCGUACACCGCCCCUGUGACCGCCCUACUGGCCAUGCGAGGCGGCGAGCACCUGCAUCCUCGCACGACCUCGGCUCUCCCACAGACGUAUGACUCGUCCUUGCCGUCAUCCUCCACCUCGACGCCUCUGUCAUCACCAAGUCCAGCGCAGAGUCAUUUACAGUCUCUGCACGACCCGAUGAAGUCGAAGCUCGACGCAUCACCGAGGAAUUCAGCCAUACCUAACUCUGGCCGCCGAAUCGUCUGUGCUAAAUUCCGCGCGGGUCCUCACCCGCCUCCACAUUCCCCAGCAGUCACUCAUGCAGUAGCCUCGGGCGCAGGCACAAGUGAGGAUAGGGGGGAUGCUGGCGGGUGGUGGCGCCGUGGGUCGCGAGACACAGCUCCAGCGGAGACUUUCGGCAGAAGGGAGGGCAGAUCAGCCUUCGGUGCAAACUCUGAAGGUAGCGCAAGCCGGGAUAGACUGGGGCUGAGUGAUGAAGACGAGGGUUCCGUGUGGAUCAUCAUGGAUUUAUUGAACGAAGCCGCUUUUGAUGAUUUUCUGCGCGUCUUGCAUCGCCAUGCCCCAGUAUCGUGCUCUUCGUCUUUCGCCGCACGAUCCUCCCUGGAAGGUGCUGCGCCUGACGCCAGUUAUGUAUUCCCUUCUCCGGGUGGAUCGCCAUUCAACGUCUCGCCAGGGCUGCCAGACGCCAUACCGCACACCUACACGACGACGUUGACGGGCUCGCCCCGUCAUGCGGCAGCUACGGUGACAUCCGCAAAGCCUUCUCCACAAUCUGGCCGCAUGGGUUUACCGUAUCCGGAAUGGCGCCAUACGAUUGUGCAUCGGGCCCGUCGUGCGGGUAUAGGCUCUAUUGGCCGUGCCAUGGAGUUCGUCAUCUUUGGUGACGACGAACCUGAGGGUCUCGCCAAUGAUGAGGACGACCUACUGUCGUACCUCGAGAUGCCCGAUGAGGAGGCGCGUGCGCAGGAGACCCCAAAACGGCCUUCCCUUGCAAAGAGACCAUCGGACAAUUCGCAUGUGGACUUAUCGCCAACUCUCUGGAGGGACUACCUCAACGACGAUAGCGACAGUGGCUCUGAUGGAGAAUCCGAGCAGAGCGAGCAAGAAUGGGAAGACUGGAUGACGGAUCUGCCUCGUCAGCACCGUAUACAGGCUGAUACGGAGGAACGCCAUCUGCGCCAUCUCACGCCGGACAUAGAGGAAGAUGAUGAGGAUAUCCCGUGGAUCCAAGACGAAGCUCUGAGCGACGACGGUACUGGCGUACCCGCGAGCGAUGAUGGCAUGGCAGAGAGCGACCAUGCUCUCGCUGCAGACAAAUCGGCUACACGGGAGCCCUUCCCUCCAUCGCGCAAGAUCACUUCGUAUUCGUCGGCAGACUCCCUGAUACGCAAAUCCAUUAGACCGUCUCGCUCGCGGCCGAGGAUAUUCGGCGCCUCUAAAACAGGCGUGGACUUUCCGAGCGAGCGUGCGCGCUCUCCGCUCUCAUCGCAGGUCCGUGCGAGCAGUGAAUUGUCCACGUCUCCGGAAUCAGGCACCAGUCCUCCUACUCGCUCUCAUCUCCCAGUCCGCAUGCCGAUCCCGAUCAGGAUGCGAAUCACCAGUGUACGAGGCACCCAGGUGGAAGGUGGAACGUCUCCUCCGGAAACUGCCAGUCCCCGGCUAACGAACCUCUUGCGGAAAGGAGGGUCGACGAACGAGUCGACGUCGGCCAGCCAGCACCCCUCCGCACCUCAGGGCAAGAACAAAGCGACGUCCGCGGGAGCGGCACCACCUUCACUUAUCCUCACGAUCCCAGAACCGAAUACUUCUGCAUCCAGUCCAAGCAGCCUCGAGAGCAUCAAAUUCGCUACGCCAGACUCAGAUUGA